AUGGAAGCCGGUAAGGAUUGCCAAUUCCCUCAAGUGGUGCAGCCGGAAGAAGAGAGCAUGUACUCGCAGUACGUCGACUUCUGGACAGCCUCGUGCAGUGAGCAACAUGGCAGUGAGCGCGACGCCCUUGAGACUAUAGAUCCAGCUGGCUUUUUCAUCCGGCAUCCUCCAAAGCCUCACGAGCUUGAAGCCGAGCUCACAGAUGAGGCUCAACUAUUCCAGACCAUCCACAUGGGUGCAGCGGUGGUGGACGAGAAAAGGUGGAGGCUGGUUGUGGACGGACUGGUGGAGCGGCCAUUCACCGUCUCUUUCGCGCAACUGAGAAGCAUGCCUCGCACUACCAUAACAGCAUUCCACGAAUGCUACGGCAGCCCUAUCACGCCGCCAACCCAUGCGACAUGGCGCAUUGGAAAUGUGAAGUGGACUGGCGUUCGUCUCUCGGAUUUGCUGAAGUUAGCCAGACCAAAGCCUCAGGCGAGGUUCAUUUGGUCGCAAGGGCUUGACGCAGGGAGCUUCGCUGGCGUCUCAGCGGACAGGUAUGAGAAGGACCUCCCAUUGGAGAAGGCUCAGAGUCCCGAGGUGCUGAUCGCGUACGAAAUGAACGGCGAACGCUUAACCAAAAAGCGAGGCGGACCAGUAAGGAUGGUUGUGCCGUUGUAUUUCGGCACUAAUAGCACAAAAUGGCUUUGCAGGCUCUCAGUCCAGGACCGUCGUGCCUCUGGACCAUUCACUACAACCUUUUACAACGAGGUGGACCCCACUGAUCCGACCGGACAGAAGAUGCGGCCGGUGUGGAUGGUCGAGCCGAACUCUAUGAUCGUGAGGCCAGAGCCUGGCGCAAUCCUGCAAGGGCCCGAGAUCGAGAUAGCAGGUAGGGCUUGGGGGUGCCAAGAGAUCGAGGUCGUGGAUAUCAGUAUUGAUGGCGGCGAGAGCUGGCUGCCAUGUCCUGUUGUUGACUUACACGGACGGGAAGAGUUCGAAUGGCAGUUGUUCCGCGCAACGCCAUCGGUGCCAAAGCCAGGAAAAUACAAGUUGGUCGCAAGAGCGAGGGACACAAAAGGACUGUUUCAGCCGUUAGCAGGGCGAAGAAACCAUGUGCAUAUGGUGCAGGUGGAGGUUCUCUAG